UCGAUGAGAAACAAAUCAAAGUUCAUCUACUUUUUAAGAGGGGAGAGUUGGAACGCAAGCAAAGGAGCCCUCAAGUAGCUCCUUUUCAAGUGGGAAGCUGAUGAUGAGCUCCCUGCUCAGCCUGCUCCACCAAAAGGCUGAAAGGCUUUAAAGAUGAUCAACAUGCCGUAUAGCUGAUGCUUUUGAAGCUUAAAAGGCCAGAUUUUGAGGGUGACAGAGGCAACUAAAGAGAACAAUAAUACACCCCUCUUGCCCUUUUUCUCAUACUGUUCUUGCUCUGGAGUCAGUGUGCUUGCUGCAUCAGCUCACCAGUGUAGUGCGGCAGGGAAAAAGAUCACAUCCGCAAGGUCUCUCACCUUCCUGCCUUGCACUGCUUCGAUCCUAUCCUACUCCUGACAUCAAAAACUGGACCUUGGCUUUGGUCGAGGGUAUAGCAAAACAAGGUUUGUAGAGGAAGGAAGAGGGCAAAUCGAGGUCUUUGUAUCCAUGGAGACCACAUCUUCACCUUCCUCUUCUCUGUCUCCCAUCCAUCAGGAGAUAUCAAGCUCGGAUGGCCUCCCUAUCCAACAGAGCCUGCUCUUGUCAGAGAGUCUCAAGGGAUUGAGGAAUAUGAGGUCACAGUUAUACUCUGCAGCAGCAUAUUUUGAACUAUCUUACAUCAACGAUGACCAGAAAGAAAUAUUGGUGACGAGUCUGAAGGAUUAUGCUGUCAAGGCCAUUCUCAAUGCUGUGGAUCAUUUAGGUUCAGUGUCGUGUAAGGUAAACAGUGUUGUCAGCGAAGAGGUUGAUGAGGUCUCAGUAGCAGAAUCUGAAGUGUCUUGCAUCGAGCAGAGACUUCGUACAUGGCAAGCAUCGAUCGACCACGAAGGCCUUUCUCAGCAAUCUCUCUCGCUUAGACCUCCCAAGUAUCACGAGCGCUACAUUCUGCCAGGUGAAUUUAUGGAUGAAGGAUUUCAUCCACCCGAGGACAAUUACAAAUUACAGCAGCAUCAGACUGCUUGUUCAGCAAUCGGGCGUAGCACAUCUCCGAUCAGGAAUGUUCCUUCACGAUCCACUUCUCCUUCGACAAGAGAACAAUGCUCAUCACCUUCUCGCAGCAGACGUUCGACUUCACCUUCACCACAAGCAGAGAAGAUCUCUUCCGAGGAGAAAAGAUCAACCUCACCGCUUGGAGCUUCUAAUCCACUUGCACGAACAAGAUCGGCAGCAAAUAGACCAACCGUUCCCAAGUCAUCGAAGCAGUCUCAUCUGGAGUCCCAAAAUUCACUUCCAAAAAGCUUGCGUGCUGAACGCAAAGAGACUCCGAACAAGAAGAGAGGCUUUCUCAAGUCCCUGCUCAAGCGGAAUAGGUCAUGGAUGGACGACUCUCUGUACAGCUACUUGGAUGAAUAUUAAGCAAGUUCACACAUGUACAAAAUAGAAAA